UCAUCCAGCAACGUCAGGUCUAUCGUAUGGCCAACUCCACCCAGCUCAAUGGCACCAUGACUGCACAAGACAAUAAGACCACAUCAGCCAUAAGGACAAGUGUUCUAGUAGUGAUGCUCUCCUUGUUCUGCAUCUUCUUGUACUUCAUGAGUGUUAUACUGAAUGCCUUCUUCACUGUUCCUCAUGUCCGGGAGAACCCUCGCUAUAUUCUCUUCAUCCACAUGCUUGUCAAUGAUCUGGUAUAUCUAGCUGUUUCCUUUCUUCUCUUUACCUUUGUUGUGUACCUUGUAUACAUGCCUGUACCAAUCCGCUACACAAUUCUCACCUUCUCCACAUGCGCGUUUAGGAUUACACCUUACAAUUUGGCGGCCAUGUCUUUGGAACGCUACGCAGCCAUUUGCCAUCCAUUAAGACAUGCGGAAUUGUACACUGCACAGAGAUCUAGUUCUGCUAUCGCCAUCAUGUGGACAGUGGGGCUCAUUCCACAGAUUGCAGAUUUUAUUGUUUUUUGUUUUUCUGUGGAGAAACGCGUCUUCUCACUCAGUAUCAUCUGCAACUGGCCAAAAUUAACAGUGAAUGAGGUACAGGUAGUAUUAAAAAUAGUAUCUACUGUACUUAGCUUUACCACUGUUGGGCUGAUAAUCGUCUACACGUACAUCCAAGUUAUGCUGGUGGCUCGGAGGAUUGUUUCUGGGAAAUCUGCUUCUAAGGCUGGAAAAACUGUCCUGCUCCACGCGUUUCAGCUCAUGUUGUGCAUGUUGUCUUUCACUUCCUCGUAUACUGACAAAUAUUUGACACCAUAUUUUUACUUCACGCCAUUAAUGAACUUCAUACUGCUUAUGUGUAUUCCCAGAUUUAUAAAUCCACUAAUUUAUGGAGUUAGGGAUGAGGUUCUUGGUAAACAUAUGAGAAAAGUGCACGCAUCGUGGAGGUCCCGAUCUGAGACAAAGUAAAUUUAGGAAGACAUCUUACUGUAUA